AUGGGUGGCUGCCAACAUCAUGCGUUCCCGUGCCCUGUCCAAGGCCACCCGCUCGGGGGCGCGACCCCUCCUCUUCCUCUCGUCCAAAGGCAUCCCAAACCGGCACGAGAUCGUCCGCGCCUUCUCGGAGUCGGCGGGGACCAGCAACGGCGGACGGGACGGCGACUCUAG